GACACAAGGGACACAGGGAAAACAAGGGACACAGGGGAAACAAGGGACACAUUGGACACAGGGAACACAAGAGUCACAGGGGGGACACUGGGGACACAAGGGAUACAAGGAACACAAGGGACACAGGAGACACAGGGGACACAAGGGGGCACAGGAGACACAAAGGACACAGAGGACAUGAGGAGACACAAGAGACAGAAACGACACAGGGAAUACAGGAGACACAAGGGACACAGGGGACAGAGGAGAUACAAGGGGACACAGGGAACACAGGAAAUACAGAAGACACAAGGGACACAAGGGACGCAGAGGACAAAAGGGGGCACAAGGGGACACAGCAGACACAGGGAACACAUGGGAACACAGGGGACACAAGGGACACACGGGACACAGGGGACACAAGGACACACAAGAGGACACAGGGGACACAAUUGACACAAAAGAUACAGGGAAUAGAGGGGACACAAGGGACACAGGGGACACAAGGGGACACAAGGGACACAGAGGACACAAGGGAACACAGGGGACACAAAAGAUACACAGGGGGCAUAAGGGACACAAGGGAAACAAAGGACACUGGGGACACAAGGGAUACAUGGGACACAAGGGGACACACGGGACACAUGGGAUACAAAGGAGACGGGACACAGGGGAGACAAGGGGCACAGGGGACACAAGGGACACAGAAGACACAAGGGGAAAAAGGGGUCACAGGGGACACAAGGGACACAAAAGACACAGGGGACACAAAAGGACACAGGGGACACAAGGGACACAUGGGACAUAAAUGGACACAGGGGAGAUAAGGGGACACAUGGGAAACAGGGGACACAGGAGACACAAGGGACACAAGGGGACACAGGGGACACAAGGAGACACAGGGGAUACAAGGGACACAAAUGACACAGGGGACACAAGGGACACAUGGAACACAAAGGGGACAGGGGACACAGGGGUCACAGAGGACACAAGGGACACAAAGGACACAGGGAACACAGGGGUCACAGAGGACACAGGGGACACA